AAGCUGGACUCUAGUCUAAGCAAACAAGCUUAGUUGACUUUGAACACUGCUUGGCAGGCAGGGUCCCUGAACGGCUGUCUUUCCUCUGGUGCAGGGGAGCCUCAGCUGUCAUGGAUCUUUUGGGGGGAACCACGGUCAUCUUGAUCAUCUGCCUGACCCUCUUGGUGGCAUGGAACAAGUCAGCGGCCAAGAAGAAGAAGAACUUGCCUCCGGGACCAACACCUCUUCCCUUCAUUGGGAAUCUCCUACAGCUGUCGGCUAAGAACGUUACAGAAAACCUGGGAAAGAUGAGUAAAAAAUAUGGACCGAUAUUCACGGUGUAUUUCGGCUCAGACCAGAUGGUGGUCCUCUACGGCUACAAUAUCGUGAAAAAGGUUCUGGUUGACAACAGCGAUGACUUUCUCGACCGAGGCAGCUUCCCUUCCGCAGAUAAGACAAAUAAAGGACUUGGUGUCAUCAUGUCGAAUGGCGAGCGCUGGCUCCAGAUCCGUCGCUUCUCCCUCAUGACCUUGAGGAACUUUGGAAUGGGGAAGAAAAGCAUCGAGGAACGCAUCCAGGAGGAGGCAGAGCACCUGAUGAAGGAGCUCCGAGCCACCAAGGGCCAAGCUUUCAACCCAGCCACCCUUUUCAGCAAAGCCACCGGGAACAUCAUCAGCCACAUCCUCCUUGGAGAACGGUUUGAUUACCAGGAUGAGGAAUACAUCCGGACCCUGCAGAUGCUCAUUGAUGGCUUCCGUCUCGAGAGCUCUGUCGCAGGACAGCUCUACAACAUUGUCCCCAAGCUCAUGGACUACUUGCCCGGCCCUCAUAAAACGUUCUUCAAAAACAUGUUUAGCAUCCAGACCUUUAUAGCCCAGAAAGUCAAAGAGCAUGAGCGCACGCUGGAUCCCCUGAGUGUUCCUCGGGACUUUGUCGACUCCUUCCUCAUCAAAAUGCAGCAGGAGAAGAACAAUCCCAAGACAGAAUUUACUCGAGAGAACCUGAUGAUGACCAUUUACGACCUGUUCAUCGCUGGGACCGAGACCACCAGCACUAGCCUCAGAUAUCUUCUCAUGGUCCUACUUGAACACCCAACGGUUCAAGCAAAAGUCCAGGAAGAAAUCGACCGAGUGAUAGGACGAGAACGCAUGCCUGCUAUGAAGGAUCGCCUUGAAAUGCCUUACACCGAAGCUGUUCUCCACGAAGGCCAGAGAUUUAUUGAUCUCAUUCCUUUAGGAUUUACCCGUCUGGUGAAAAGGGACUUUGAACUCGAGGGCUUCACUAUUCCAAAGGGCGCCACCAUCUACCCCAUCUUGAGCUCUGCCUUGCAUGAUCCCAAGCAAUACGACAAUCCCGGUCUGUUUGACCCCAAUCAUUUCCUGGACGAAAACGGACGCUUCAAGAAGAAUGGGGCAGACAUGCCCUUUUCUGCUGGAAAGAGGAACUGCCUGGGUGAAGGACUGGCCCGGAUGCAGCUCUUCCUCUACCUCACCUCCGUCCUGCAGAACUUCCAACUCAAACACCCUCCUGGAGUCACCAAAAUUGACCUCACUCCAGAGGUCAGCGGCUUCGGGAACAUCCCGCGUCAAGUCGAAUUCUGCUUCUCCCCGCGCUAAUCAGCCGCACCUCCUGGCCUCUGGCGGCACGAGCAGAGAAAUCUCAACUGUUGCUCCUUCCUUUCAGCGCAAAGGGCCACAUGUGCAGGAGUAUUAAUACAGCUGUCUCUUUGAUGUGUCUGCUGCUGUUGUUUUAAUUACAAGCUAGCUUCUCCAUCA